AUGAGUAAUAUUAUUCGUUCAUUGGAUUCAACGUUAGAGCCCAACUUAAUCAAUGUUCAGAUCAACAGCACAGACUCGUAUCAAAGUUUUCCCACUGCCUUAGAUAAAAUAAGCAGUAAGAGUUUACCUGGUCUACCUUUUGUUCAAGUUCCCAUAGUCCGUUUUUAUGGUUGCUUGCCAACUGGACACAAGAUAUUAGUACACUGCCAUGGCGUGCUUCCUUACAUAUUCAUUCGGUAUGAUGGGCAAAUGAGCGAUACGUCAUCAGAAAUCCUGAAUCGAUGCUCUAAUUUACAUAAUAUUCUUGAGAUAAGGAUGGUGGAGACUUACACCAAGAAUCAAAUGACGGAAAAGUUUAAGAGUCUCAAAUAUGUGGCCAACGUGUCAGUGGUGAAGGGUGUACCAUUUUAUGGAUACCAUGUUGGUUAUGAACCUUUUUAUAAAAUAUCAUUAUUGAAUGGAUCAUAUGUCAAUAAACUAUCUGACUUGCUUAGGGAUGGAAAAAUUCUUUCCUCCAAGGUUGAAGUUUAUGAAGCUCACAUACCCCAUCUACUUCAAUUGAUGGCAGAUUAUAACCUAUUUGGAUGUGGCUGGUUAAAACUAUCACAAUGUUACUUCAGGAAACCUAUCCUCUUGGAGGAUCUUGAGAUAAAUGAAAUCCUUUACACAGAAUCUCUUGAGAGGUUCUUAAAAACUCAUCUAAAACCUAACGAGAAUGUACUUGAUCAGGAUCCUUUUCAUAGGGUUGGAAGGACACUUUUGGAAAUAGAUAUCCUUCCGCAAUUUAUUGUGAAUAAGCAAAAGAUUCAGUUUCGAGACUUGCACCAUGACUUCAUUGAAAUUACUAAAGAUCUUCAAUUGUCUGAUCAAGGCUAUGUGAAUUCUACCAAGGAUAUCUGGGAUGAAAUUCAAAACAUAAGAAAAAUGAAAGGUCUUUCAGAGUACCAAGAGCUAGAUAAUUACUCUCGUGAUCCUAUGCUACAGUAUAACUGGAAGGAUAAUACAAAUUUACUAAAUUAUUUCGAGGCUGCAAAGAAAAGAACAUCAAGCUUGUUUCCGACAAAAUCUUUAAGAUUCGACUCAUUCGUCAAUGUAUCACAAAAUGAGCAUUUAUUUCCAAGCCCAAGAGAGGCUCUAGAAGAAUUAUGGCCUAAAAUACCUAGAUAUAUUAGUAAAAAAGUGCAAACAUUCACUGAAAUGCAUCAGAACAAAGACAUAUACAAUAAAUUUGGGGAUAAAUCAGACCCAUUUAGUAUUCAACAACAACAUGAGACUUUUUCGGUGGUAAAUCCCUUAUCAUCUUUAAACGACUCAGAUUCAACGACACGCUCAAAAAGAAAAGCAUCACAGUCACCAUCUAAAUCUGAUAAUUCUAUCAACCCAGAAUCGCAAAUUUAUACAGUUCCAAAUAAAAAAUUGCAUCAAUCCAUAUCAACCAGAGAUCAUUUAAAAGUAUUAAAAAGACCCAAGAUUAACUUUGCUAACAUCAAGGAAAGUCUUCUAUUGAAAGAAAUCCCAGAAGUCGUCUAUCCUGAGCCAUUUUAUUCCAAUCCUUUAGAUUUGAAAAGGAACACUACAGAAAUUGCUGAUGCUGUUUUCAAACUAUCUAGUGAUCAUGUCUCCUUUAGAAAGGGAAUGGAGUAUAAAAACUAUUCCCCUGUUCUUACUGCUUCAGAUAAUGUUUACCAAAGAUCAAGAUGGAGGUACGUAAGAGAUAAACCAACUUUCCAAAAUGUUAUGCAGAAUAACGAAUCAUGUAAAAAAGAGUUUUCUGCUGUUGUUGGGAAAACACCCGACCUACCUUUUGGCUAUAAAUUUAAAAGUAAUAACAUGAAUCUCCAGAAUUUUAAUUCGUUCAAUAGAAUGACCCACUUCACUAUGGAACUUCAUGUGAACUCCAGAGAAGAUAAAUACCCAGAUCCCAAACAUGAUGCCGUUCGCAUGAUAUUCUGGAAAGUCCAAGAUGGAACCUUCCCAUUUAAUUUGGAUAUAACACAGGAAGGGUUGUUGAUUUAUUCAGAUAAUGGAACUGAUAGAUUUUUAUGGAAUAGCGCGGAUCCAACUAUCCAUGUUACGACUUAUGAAGAUGAAUUAAGUAUGAUUUAUGCUCUAGAAGACUUGGUGAGGUUUUUUGACCCAGAUAUUUUGUCAGGGUACGAAAUACACUCUUCAUCGUGGGGAUACCUAAUUGAUAGAUGUCGCUUUGCUCAUAAUUACGAUGUUGAAGAAGAGCUUUCACGUGUUGAAACAAAUCACAACAACAAAAAAAAGGAUUCAUGGGGGUAUACGCAUGCCACCGCCUUUCGAAUCACAGGCAGGCACAUGUUAAAUAUAUGGAGACAUUUAAGAUCUUCCCUCAAUCUUCUUGAUUAUACGCUUGAAAAUAUUGUAUUCCAUGUUUUGCAUGAAAGAUUUCCAUUCUACUCAUUUAAAACUUUGACGGGCUUCUUCGACUCGAAAGAUCCAUCCUCGAAGAAGUGUCUCAUUAACUACUAUAUUAAAAGAGUUAGAGUAAAUUACCAACUCCUGGAAACUCAAAACAUCAUAGGGAAAACGAUUGAACAGGCAAGAUUAAUUGGCAUUGAAUUUUACUCUGUUCUUUAUCGCGGAUCACAAUAUAAAGUGGAAUCAUUCUUGAUAAGACUUUGUAAAUCUGAAAGCUUUCUUCUCAUUUCUCCUAGCCGUAAACAAGUUAGAGAUCAAAAAGCACUUGAAUGUAUACCAUUAGUUAUGGAGCCAUCUUCAGCCUUUUACAACAGUCCAUUACUGGUUCUAGAUUUUCAAUCUUUAUAUCCGUCAAUUGUUAUGGCUUAUAACUACUGUUAUAGCACUAUGCUAGGCAGAGUCCAAACCCUAGGUCUUAAAGACAAUCGUAUUGGUACAACUACGAUAGAUAUUCCUCCAGAUUUGUUGACUUUGAUUUCUGAUUAUGUCACGGUAUCACCUAAUGGUAUAGCCUUUGUGAAGAAGGAAUUGCGAAAAUCAAUCUUAGCUAAAAUGUUGAAAGACAUUCUUGCAACUAGGUUUUUGAUGAAAGACACUAUGAACCAGCUAAAAGAUGACCACGAUGUUGUUAGUAUGUUAGAUAAUAGGCAAGCUGCAUUGAAACUAUUAGCCAAUGUCACGUAUGGAUACACUGCAGCAUCUUUUUCUGGCAGAAUGCCAUGUUCGGAUAUCGCUGACAGCAUUGUUCAAACAGGUAGAGAAACUUUAGAACGUGCUAUUGAAUUUAUAGAAUCCACCAAAAAAUGGGGUGCCAAAGUUGUAUACGGUGACACUGAUAGUUUAUUUGUAUAUCUCCCAGGGAAAUCUAGAAGUGAUGCGUUCAAAAUUGGUAAGGAAAUCGCAAAGGAAAUUACAAUGAAAAACCCCAAACCUGUAGAGCUUAAAUUUGAAAAGGUCUACCACCCAUGUUUUUUGGUAACCAAAAAGAGAUAUGUGGGAUAUGCAUAUGAAUAUGAGAACCAAAUUAACCCUAAAUUUGAUGCAAAGGGGAUUGAAACAGUGAGAAGAGACGGUACUCCAGCUCAACAAAAGAUAGUGGAAAGGGCACUACGAACUAUGUUUGAAACUACAGAUUUGUCUAAGGUGAAAGAAUACCUUCUUGGCGAAUUUGACAAAAUCAUUACGGGAAGAGUUAAUAUCCAAGACUUUUGCUUUGCAAGGGAAGUAAAAAUAGGACAUUACAAAAGUGAUAAGACUGCACCACCUGGAGCUCAGAUAGCAAUGCAAAUGAUGGAAGAAGAUCAUAGGAAGGAACCGCAGUAUAAACAAAGAAUACCAUAUGUUGUUAAAAUGGGAAAAAUGGGUGAGACUCUAAGUUCUAGAUGUAUAUCACCAGAAGCAUUCUUGAGGUCGAAAGAUUCGAGACUCGAUUAUAACUAUUAUAUUGUGAAAAAUAUAAUUCCUCCACUACAGAGAUUUUUUCAACUUGUAGGGGUGGAUGUCAUGGAUUGGUUCUCGUCGAUGCGUAAAACAAUGUAUGUUUCAAAUGAAAGCGCUGAACAUGAUAAAAUUGAUGGAAGAUCAGUAACAUCAAUUGUCAAAGCUAGAUCAUGUCUACGUUGUCGUAAAAGAGUACAUCCGGAGUACAUAAGCAGAAUUUGUGAUGAGUGUAGAAAAGACAAAGGUAAUACCAUUAUGGCUUUACAGGAAGCAGUACGCUUGAAACAAUCGAAAAUGCACAUGAUUCUUAGAACAUGCCAAACCUGUUCAUACAAGUUUCACAAGGAUGCAAUGGCCCCAUUAGACUCCAUAGCCCUUAAGUGUCAAUCUAAAGACUGUCCAGUAUAUUUUAGCAAAGUUAAGUACAUCAAUGGUCUCAAAAAUACGGACAUGAGAGAUCUUCUUCUUGGCAUUAUAGAUUUGGAUUACUGA